GAGAAAGCCAAGGACGAGCAAGGUUUUGGGAUCAGUUGGUCCGUUCUCUUUCGCCAAGGGUAUAGAGACGGUGAAAGAAUGGCUGCUGCUGCUUCUUCGUCAUCCACUUCAGUUGCCGAAUACCCAAGAUAUGAACUUGGAAAGCAGAUAAGAAACCAUGAGGUUGCAAUUGCUGAGUUGAAUAACCUCUCUUCCUCUAGGGCUGUAUAUCAGAAAAAUGGUACUAUUUUCUUCCGUACAAGCAUCCAGAAUGCAAUAACAGCUGAGCAAAGACAACUUGAUUUGGCCAAGGCUAACCUGCAAAAGUUGAGUGCAGCUUAGUUUCACCAUAUAAAACAACAUUCAUCCAACUC